CUCUGUGCCUUUCCCUGUUAGCUGCUGCUUGUCAGCAGCUGGCUGAGCUGUCGGCUGCAGGCCAGUAUCUGCAUACCCUUUCUCUUCAGAAUAUUUCAAAUAUACUGCCUCUUAAUUAUGCAUUUUGCUGCAGUUUGACAAACUAAAUGGUUCUCCUGCAUGUUAAGAAGAUUAUUUUAAAUUUCAGAGAAUUUGUCUAGUUACUAGGCCAUGUAUGCAUUUGAAGAAUUCAGCGAACAGAGUAUUUGCCAAGCCCGGGCUUCAGUUAUGGUCUAUGAUGAUACCAGUAAGAAAUGGGUGCCAAUAAAGCCUGGACAGCAAGGAUUCAGCAGAAUCAACAUAUACCACAACACUGCCAGUAACACCUUUAGAGUAGUUGGAGUUAAACUACAAGAUCAACAAGUAGUGAUUAAUUAUUCAAUUGUGAAAGGACUGAAGUACAAUCAAGCAACACCUACCUUUCAUCAGUGGCGCGAUGCACGGCAAGUCUAUGGCUUGAACUUCGCAAGCAAGGAAGAGGCUACCACAUUCUCCAAUGCAAUGUUGUUUGCGCUGAAUAUCAUGAAUUCACAGGAUGGAGGUCCAACUAUCCAGCGCCAGGUUCAGAAUGGACCCUCUCCGGAUGAAAUGGAAGUGCAGAGAAGGCAAGUGAUGGAGCAGCAGCAACAACGCCAGGAAUCUCUGGAAAGAAGAACCUCUACCACAGUUUCUACCCUUCAGAUAAAAGUGUCUUCUUCCCCCUCCCACUGCCAGUCUCCUCCUCCUGACUACAGUAACUACAGUGCUUCUACUUCCGCUGGUGCUGCCCCUCCACCGCCAUCUUAUGCCAACGUUAUCUCUUCAGCAUCCACCAUCCCCGAGUCCAGUAGUAAAACCUCUUUCAGAUCCUCUAACAGAGCCAGAGAAUUCCCACAGCUUCGUCACAGACAUUCUGCCUCUGAGCUCUCACCCUCCCCAGGUUCCUUCUCCACUCCAGUAUGGCCAAACCACAGGACUGUAACACAAAGCAUCAAACAGAUCUCUUUGUCCCCACCGCCUGAGCCUCCUUCCCAUUUUCCAUUCGCACCUUACCAGCCUGUUAGACGUUCCUCUCUUUCACACUCUCCUCAGUCUUCCUCUUCUCCUGUAACAACUACAUCCCCCGUGCAGAAGGUUUCAGUCCUGCAGCCGCAUAUUCCAGAGGUCCUUCCUGUGAUUCCUGUCCAGAAUGGCAGAAUCAGGAGAUCUACAGAUAUAACAGUCCAAGAAGCCUCUGCAAAUGUACCUCAGAUAGGCCUGAAUGGCCAACCCAAUGAACCUCUAGCCACACAAAUUCCUUUAAACUCCUCUAGUUCCCAGGUAAAAAGCGUGGAUGGGUCUUUCUUCUCAUGCUUAGAAACUGUACCCAUCUCUCAGUUACCAUUUAUAACCAGCCCUGCUGGUUCCUUCAUCCAGGCUUCUUUUCAGUCCUCCCAACCUUCACCUCAUCCUCCAAAGCAAUUGUACCAGGCCAUGUCACACUUUGUUUCAUUACCUCCUGCUUAUGCUGCUGUAUCUGAGGUGAAUUUGUCCAAGAAGACCCCUCCUUUCAUGACUUCAUCAACCAUUUCCCACUUGAGUCCCAUCCUUCCACCUGGUCAUCCUUCCACUGCUGCCACAAUCCCUGCUUCGUCCAGUGGGCCCCCACCUCCGCCACCCCCGCCAGUACCUCCUCCGCCUACAGGAGCAGCGCCACCUCCCCCACCUCCACUGCCGGCAGGUGGAGGACACGGGGGUAGCACUGACGAUGGGUCAAUGUCAGGACUAGCAGCAGCCCUGGCUGGUGCCAAACUCAGGAGAGUACAACGGCCAGAAGAUGGUUCAGGAGGCUCCAGCCCCAGUGGGGCCUCUAAGAGCGAUGCCAAUCGAACAAGUAGUGGAGGAGGAGGAGGAGGACUAAUGGAAGAAAUGAAUAAAUUACUGGCAAAAAGGAGGAAAGCAGCGUCACAGUCAGACAAGCCAGCUGACAAAAAGGAAGAGGAAAGCCAAAACGAAGAUGCUAGCACCUCGCCUUCACCAGUCACACGAGGCCCUAGCCAGCAGCAGAAUUCUACAGGAUGAAGCCCGUGAGCAGCAGCAAUGAUGUGGCUAUGGAUGCCUUAGAUUUUGAUCGAAUGAAACAAGAAAUAUUGGAGGAAGUUGUAAGAGAGUUACACAAAGUGAAAGAAGAGAUAAUUGAUGAUGACUUCAAAGUAAUUUUACUGGUAGUCUGCAAUGUAAAUGAAGACCCUUUGCCAACAGAAAUGUAUUGUGGCAUCACCAGAAGAAACAGAGACAUGUUAGUUGUCAGCUGCCAAGGUCUUUGACUCAGAGUUAUCACAAUAUUAAAACGGUACGUCAGUGCACCACAGUAUCUGUGUUCAUAUUGGUAAUAAACUGUUUAUUGUCCAUAUG